AUGACCGAGAAGACCGUCGGCAACGAUAACUCCCAGCUGGUCCUCUCGUUGGACGAGGCGACGGGCCAAAAUGACGACGUCUAUGUUGUCCAUUACGACCUGAGUGACAUUGAUACGAAGAAAGCCAAGGAUGAAGUCGAGCGACUGAUUCAGGACUGCACGAAAGCCGGCCUGCAGUCUGCCGUCCGUGUGGGACCUGAAUGCUCCCUUCUCAUCAUUUUGAAGGCUCCAAGGGACUUGCUUGGUAAUGCGGUCCAUCGAUCAAGGAUCAAGGACUGGCUAUACGGAAUCAUCGAUGCGCGGCCCAAAGGCUCCUACGAUACCGUCGUCGACGGGGAGACCGAAACAGAAAACCUCCGGAGCAUGUUUCACCUGGUCACCUGGAAGAAGGAACUCGGUGGCGCCGGCAUCAUGCCCGGAUACCGGCAGUGGAAGCAAGUGAGAUCCGUCUUCCCUGUUCACAAUAGAGCCCGUAACAGGGCUUUACUGUCCAAAUUCAGCCGGCAAGCGACCCUGAAUCGAAGUGAUUUGGACGAAAUCCGUGCAGUCUAUGGCGAGAAAGUUGCAUUCUACUUCUGUUUCCUGCAAAGCUACAUCAUCGCCCUCGUAUUUCCCUCGAUCUCGGGCAUCCUGGCUUAUUUCUUCCUACAUCGUGUUUCACUUCUAUACGCCAUCUCGACCGUGAUAUGGUGUGUUGUUUUCCUAGAAUAUUGGAGAAUGGAAGAAAUCUCCUUGAGCUUACGCUGGAACGUCCAGGGCGUGGGCAGCUUGAAGGUCAACCGACGUGAAUACGUUUACGAAAAAGAAAUUCAAGACCCGAUCACUGGAGAGAAGCAACAGUACUUUCCUAAGCGGAAGCAGGUUGCCCGCCAGCUGAUCAGUAUCCCCUUUGCCCUCGCUGCACUAGCAGUGCUUGGAACUGUAACGACAGGCGUCUUCGGCAUUGAAGUCUUCAUUUCACACAUCUACGAUGGCAAAUACAAGGCCUGGCUGGAAUACAUGCCCACCGUUAUCCUAGCUCUGUGCCUGCCCUAUAUUCGCGAUUUCCUCGAAGGUCUUGCCACGCAACUGACAGAAUACGAGAACUGGCGGACACAGGACCGCCACGAGAUGUCGCAGACCCAGAAGGUCUUUAUCCUCACAUUCAUCACGUCCUAUCUACCUGUCCUUCUCAGCGCCUUCGUUUACAUUCCCUUCGGCGACGGAAUCAUAAACUGGGCUCGGGUGUACUUCAGCUCAUCUCCGGGCUGGGAGAAGCUACUCGCACCUGACAUCCACGUCGACACGUCACGGCUACAAAGCGAGGUUAUCGCUUUGACUGUCACAGAGCAGAUCUCGGGAUUUGGUGAAGAGCUCAUUCUUCCUCUGAUCAAGCUCCGAGCACAGACGUGGUACAGCAACUGGAGGGGCACCAAUCGCGGCUUCAAUUACAGCCGCUCCACCGGCGCUUACGAGAGUGCUGCAGAGGUAAAGCUUCUACGGCAGGUCCGGGAUGAGUCUCAGCGCGAGCCGUACUCCGUCCACGAAGACAUCCAGCAGAUGGUCACACAAUUCGGGUAUCUGGCCCUGUUCAGCCCCGUCUGGCCAUUGGUGCCGAUCGGUUUCCUGAUCAACAACUGGGUUGAGCUGCGUUCAGACCUGCUGAAGAUUUCCAUUGACCAUCAGCGACCAGAUCCAGUCCGCACCGAUGGCAUUGGCGCGUGGAUCGACUCGCUAAACUUCCUCACCUGGCUCGGCAGCAUUGUCACGGCGGCUAUAGUACAUCUCUUCCAUGACACCGAGAAGCUCAACGAUCCAAAGACAUGGUGGACACUGCCAAUCACCAUAUUCAUGGCUGAGCAUGUCUACCUGGGCACGAAAUAUUUGGUCCGGCUCGCCUUGGAACAACUAGGUUCUGCGGAGCUUCGGCAGAAAAAAUUGCACGAGUACGCGCACCGCAAGACAGUCUUCAAAGAAUACAUCAAUGACGACACCGCGGGGACGGUCGGCACACACGCAAACAUCGAGAAGAUCAAGCAGGAAUCGAGCAAGCUGGCUGAGAAGCCGCCCGAGAGAUUGCGAGAUAUCGAUGCCAUGAUAGAGUACUUGAAAGGAGACUCGGCGUCAAAGUCGUAG